CAGCAGACGGAGCGUGAUCUCGCAGGCCUGUUGUGUGUGUCUGACGAUAGACGCUGCGUGGGGGUUUUCGCUUGAUGUCAUUGGGAAAGACGCGAGAGGUGCGUUUACACUACAGCUUCUCAUGCUCCUGCGGCGUCUCGCAGGCGUUUCUUUCCAAACUCGCGCAGUUAACGAGCUUUCACCUUACAGAGGCACAUUUUGACGGGUUUUUGGGGAUGAAGGUGAUGCGGCGGUGCUGUGCUCGCGCUCGGCGUCCGUGCAGAUGCGCGUGCAGCUGAGCAGAAAGAUGGACCACAACACCGUCGACGAAAACGGCCCUGAAUCGCUCUAACUCGCUUCUUUGACGCUUUUGCAGUUCAAUCCCGCGGUCGAGACCUUCUUGGAGAUGGAUAUGUGGACGUCGAGUGGCGUUAGGCCCUCCGGAUGGCAAACAAACCGUGCGGAUCUGUAGCCUGUUAGCUAGUAACAGAAGAAGACCGCAGUCUCCGUGUGAGGAUGGAGCAUCAGCUGUUAGGAGGAAGAUCAGGGGCACAUCCUGGUCUUUAGGGAGUUUGUUUCGUUCCACAAAGCUGCUGGACUUCUAGCCAUAUCAUAUCACAGCAUAUCAUGCGGUCAGACCCGAGCAGUGUUUACUGACCGCCGCCGAUAUCUGUAGAGAGACUAGCUCAGUUCUUCACUCCUGUGUCAGAGUCCAGGGAACCUGAGAUGGAUAAACUCACCAUUAUUUCAGGAUGUCUCUUUCUGGCUGCGGAUAUAUUUGCCAUCGCGAGCAUUGCCAAUCCGGACUGGAUCAACACUGGCGAGUCAGCAGGAGCUCUUACUGUGGGGCUGGUGCGUCAGUGUCAGACCAUUCACGGACGAGAUCGAACCUGCAUCCCCCCGCGACUCCCCCCGGAAUGGGUCACCACGCUCUUCUUUAUCAUCAUGGGCAUCAUCUCCCUCACGGUCACCUGUGGCCUACUGGUGGCCUCGCAUUGGCGUCGAGAAGCCACAAAGUACGCAAGGUGGAUCGCCUUCACAGGAAUGAUCUUGUUUUGUAUGGCCGCCCUCAUAUUCCCAAUAGGCUUCUACAUCAAUGAAGUAGGGGGACAACCAUACAAAUUACCCAACAACACAGUGGUGGGCUCCUCCUAUGUACUGUUCGUGCUCUCCAUCUUCUUCACAAUAGUGGGGCUCCUGUUUGCGGGAAAAGUCUGUCUUCCUGGCUGAGGGGACGGUCCCAGCUUGGACAGCUGGGGUGUUCAAUGUGAAACGGAAAGAAACGGCACUCAUCGAGAAGGGCGACGACAGGGGAUGGUAUUAUAUGGUAAACACUAAACUCAUUAAACUGCAAAACUAAUAAAGACGAUUACUGCACACACUGCAUACGAGUGCGUCCGACCACAUGCUCCCCUUCGCCCAACCUGUGCUUAGUUAAACCUGUGCUGUCUUUAUGUUGCACCUUUGAGUUUCAACCCAAAGGAUUGGGGGUGUUGAAGUACACAGGCCCAUCCGGAAAGGACCAAGUGCAUCCACAGUGGCUGCUUCCGGUACUACUUCACUAUGGAAUAUAGUUGUGUUAUCUUCGGUUCGUUUAAGCUUCGCACUCAUGUAUGCCCCCUGCCUUUGUGGAGAGGAAGGACAAGAAAGUGGUGGAGAAUGCGGGCAGAGACACGUUGGGCCGGGCGCUCGGUCCAACAAAUCGGACUCCCCACAUUCUCUCUAGUGCCCCAAGAGCUGGCCAGGACGCUGCACUGUUACAAAAGAGGGAAACCGGUAAAAGGGAACAGUAUUAAGAACAGUUUUGCUCACACACUACAACGAGGCAAGCUCUCCAGGACUGCCGGUCAGGACCCUGCAAGGCUGUGCCUCACUGUUAAACCACGCUCAGAUAUUGACAAACGCGUCUCUGAAUCUGACAUCAUACCAAAAGUAACUCCCGCCUGUCCUCGCUUGAGUAUGGGGCGAGUUGGGUUAAGUCACAGGCGGAUGUGUUUUUGACUUCACACCUGUUCAUCUCUUCUUGUUUUGAUCUCUGGAUUUGCAGAGCCCUUUACUUGUUUGGUUUGAUUUGCUAAUGUGCCAUAAACCUGUUUUCAUUGUAUGAAUGCUAAGGGCAUGAAAGGAGCACUGUGCGGUAUAGCCAUUUCAGUAAGUAAAGCACUACAAAAAAACGAACUCCUUACCUCAUUAUUUUGCGAUUCAGCAUUAUUUUUCCCCUCACCAUGACAAAAUGUGUGCCCUGUAAGUUAUGAUCUGCCUUGAUCACGGACGUUUCAUUAAAAUGCUGCGAUCAUGGCAAUUUAUUUAUCUGACACUGAAUAAAAGGAGCUCAAGAAUGUGUGCUUGUUACAUCAACCCUGUUUUUGUUUUUGGAAAGCAAAUGUACCGUGGAACGAAAUCAGAACUGUAUUUUAUUUAUGAUGGACGUGUGAUAUGAAGGUUACAUUUUGCCCACAAGUUAUGUUUUGUUUUUUCAUCAAAUCUCCUCUUGGUGUGUGUUCGGUUUUAUUUGAAUGCGCUUUUCUGUUCAAUCCAUUUACGGAAGGUCAUGCUCACAGUCGCCUUUACGUUCUUUACUAAAUUAAUUUCAUUAAUGCUUCGAUAGACUGCACUUUCCUUGGAAACACACAUAUUCAUUAUAGUAUGGAAGUUUGUGAAUUGUGAAUUUUUUCUCACAAUUGUGAGUUUACAUGUCACAAUUAUGACUUCUCAGAAUUGAUAUAAACUCACAAUUACGAUUUAUAAUGUCAGAAUUGCGAAAUAUAAAGUUUAUUGUGAGAAAAAAGUCAGAAUUGUGGGAUAAAACUCGCAAUUGUCUUUUUACUUGCAAUUCUGACUUUUUUUCUCACAAUUGCAAGUACAUCUCGCAAUUAACUUCUCAGAAACGCGAGAUAUAAACUCGCAAUUGCGAGUUAUGUCGUCAGAAUUGCGAAAUAUAAACCAUUAUGAGAAGUCAAUAUUGCGAGAAACUUGCUAUUCUGACUUUAUAACUCGCAAUUUAGAGUUUAUAUCACGCAAUUCUGACUUAAUUUCUCGCAAUUGCAGGUUUAUAUCACGCAUUUCUGAGAAAAAAAGUCAUAAUUGCGAGAGAAACUCGCAAUCGUUAGAAAAAAAGAAUUAUGAGAUUAAAAAGUCGCAAUUUUUAUUCAGUGGCGGAAACAAGCUUCCAUAUAAUAGGGAUGGCAAACAGAUGAGAUAUUUAUUCAAAUUUUAGAUGAUUCUCGUAAAUAUAUGGGGUAAGAACAUAAAUUCUUGGAUUGAUGGAUUGAUAAAAAUGUUUAUAAUAAAAAUUCCCACCUGCAUAUUCAGGCAAGAUAUGUACAAUUGCUUUCGGCAAAAGACGACGUAUCGCACUGGGACCUAAAUUAAUGUGAACUGUGAGAACAGCGGUGGAAAACAUCACCUCCGCGCUAAAGACUGCUUCUGCUUUGGAUAUUUUUGGAAACCCAUCAUAAAAUGGAAUACAAGUAUAGGGGUAAUGAACAUCAGUGACAUCUAGGGUAAUGAAAAGGUAUUAUUUAUAAUUUCAAAAGGGAAGGAAACAAAUGUAAGAGUAACAGUAUUAUCUAUCAAAGGAUGUUAGCAGUCCUUGUGCACAGUUACUGUUAACAGAUUCAUGUUACUGGCAAGACAACUGUUUUCUCUGCUACUCUUUGUUUCAGUAUCUCACUGUAUACAAUAAAAGGCAUAAAAGAAGGAA